AUGACGCCCAUCCCAUACAACCUCAUCCUCAUGAUUGCCAACAAAGUUUUGAACCGCACCCCCUUUAUUCCCCCCGAAGUUCUGCUCCAAAUCUUCCGGCAAGUAUCAUCGUGCGCAAACCCUGCCAAUAGCCUCCGGUCCAUCACCCUUGCAAGCCGCUAUCAUGCUCUCGUUGCGCGCGAAGUAUUAUGGCGAACGGUGACCUUUAUUGGAGAGCAAAGAACGAGGCAUCGAAAAUGGUUCUCCGCCGAAAUGCGCAAGUACACGUUCAUUCGCCUUAUCGCAUCCUGCAAUUCUUCACCCCUUCCCCCGUUUCUCCCCCUCAUCCGCAGACUUGAACUGGUGGCAUCCUCGGACCACCAGGACUGGAUGUAUGACGCAAAAAUGGUCCAAAUUGUGAAAGCGAUAAGCGGCCACGACGGUUUGCGCCAUUUACGUAUCCAGAGCGCAACCUUCCGCCAAAUUGUCUUCACCCGAUUCAUAGACACCAUCUUCCCGUCCUUAAACUCCACUUUAUUGGAGCUAUCCCUCGACAAUGUUGUUCUUUUCGAUCCCUCGGUCUUCAAUACCUUACUUUCCCUGCAAUUCAUCCGUUUUGAGGGUGUUUUCUUCAAAGGUAUCAAGGUUGACGCCCAACUCGUUGACGUCAUCGAAGACAACGGCAUGGAGAACACCUCCGGGCCCUCAUCACCAGCAAAAUGGCUGGCAUGGCGGGUUUCCGAUACAGAUCUCAUUCCCCCCCAAGACAUCAUACACCCUCGAAUCAGAUCGUUCACAUAUGCGAGAUGUUCAUUGGCCGUCGACAGUUAUCUUGGCCCGGCACAAGAACGAAUCCUCUCCUACCUCGACCUCUCUGAGCUGUCCACCGCAAACUUUCGCCUCCGGUAUGAAGACGACUACUUAACGUUGGCAACUGUACUUCAGCAAGCAUCGACGACAUUGCGAGUUCUUAUUCUUGAUCUAACGCUGACGAUCCGUGGCUUGCGCCUGUGA